AUGGAGACAGAUUUCACGCACAAAAUUGUUAUUGAACUCAAUUCGGGGACAAUCUUCUCGUUUGAAGGGAUGGUGGACCGAUGUGUGAUGACGUCGAUGUAUUGGCAGUGUUUUUUAGUUGUUAUAAUAGCUAUCAUGGGCAUUGCUAUAACUUCCGUAAGCAGUCUCCGUCGAUCAGCUGAUGUUGAAUUUUGGCGUCUUCUGAUACUACUACAUCAGCAUUGA